CAGGAAGAGCCUUGGUGCUGUCUGCUGGGAAAGAAGACCAAGCUUCAAGGACAGCAUCACACUUCUUUUCCUGGCCCUUAUUUUUGGAUCCUGAGAACAUGACUGUUCCUGGUGUACAGCUUCCAGGUUAGUUUUUCAAGGUUAGGCAGAACAUGGAACCAUGUACCUAUUUCAGUGGCUCUAGUUCCAGAGGGCAGAACCUGCUCCUAAAGUGAAUGAUAAUGGCUAGCCACCUUCCCAGACAAGUGAAAUUUUGGACUGCUAAGUGGCUCCUCAUCUCCAGCCUUAGUUUCUCCUGACCUUUCCAAGAGGGACUCACCUGAUCCAGUUUAGCAACAGCUUAUCAAGAGGAUCUUCUCUAGACAUUGGCUCUCUGGAAAACAGAGAACAGAACAGUACAAGAGAAAUAUUUCAUUUAUUUUAACAACACCUGAAUAAUUCCAGGAGAAGAUCCUUCCAAUCUGGUAGAACUGCAGGUAGAUUUACUGAGACUGCAAAAAGCAGUGGCCUGAUUAUAUUUUUCUAGUGUAACAAGAACUUCUGCAAGGCAUCAGCAAAUUAUGUCCCCAGCACACCAACAUAACAUAAAACACACUAAAAAAAGGAGCACAUUUUAUCUUAAUUCAAGAUCAAGAAAUCUAAAGAUCAGCAGAUACUGGUUACCAGCUUUGUUUACACUUUUUUUAUUAUAAUCUUUUAGCAUCUCCAUAGAAAUUACAUAUGCAUGUAUGCAGGUAGAUUUCUCUCUUCUGCUUCCUACAGGAAAACAUUAUUCAAGAAGGAAGCUAAACAAACUACUAAAAUUGUCAGCUUCUUGCUUAGUUAGAACUCUUUUAUGGUCCUACAAGUGCCUCAAAAUCUGACAAACUUGGGUUCAGUGUCCUACCUUUCUCCAGCCAUAAUGUAGCAGACUUUCGUCCAAGUGGCUCUCAUUCGCUGCGCUGUGUCUCCACCCAUUGCUCUCCCUUCCUGAUUGGCCUCCCUUUGCCAUGUAGCUUUCAACUUGCCAAAAUGAGUGCAGACUGUGUCCAGCUGGGAGGAGAGCAGUUUGGACCCCAUUACUCUCCUGCCAUGAUAUUAAGCCCUUUCCUUGUAGCAGUGGUAGUAGUCUUUACCAGUGCUGUCACUGGUUGCCCAGUUCUGUGCACAUGCCGCAGCCAGGCUGUGGAUUGCAGCGGACUCCAACUCUUUUCAGUCCCACCAGAUCUUCCAUUGGACACCAGAAACCUAAGCUUGGCUCACAACCAUCUGACAACCAUCCCUCCUGGAUACCUUACCUGCUAUUUGGAAUUGAGAGUAUUGGACUUACGGAACAACUCUCUUGUUGAACUACCAGUUGGACUCUUUUUGACAUCCAAGCACCUUUCCCAUCUGGACUUGAGCUACAAUAACUUGACUCAUGUGGUGGCUGAUAUGUUUCAGGAGGCCUACAAUCUGGAACAUGUUGACUUGAGCCACAACCCUUGGCUGAAGAAGGUGCACCCCCAAGCUUUCCGAGGCUUGGUCCAACUACGUGACCUUGAUCUCAGCUACGGGGCCCUGUCUUUCCUUAGCCUUGAAGCCUUAGAAGGUCUCACUGGCCUGGUGACUCUUCAGAUUGGAGGCAAUCCCUGGAUAUGUGGUUGUACCAUGGAACCACUGCUGAAGUGGUUGAGAAACAGAAUCCAGAGAUGUAUGUCAGAUACCCAACUGGCAGAGUGUCGGGAACCACCCGAAGUGGAGGGUGCUUCUUUGUUUUCACUGACAGAAGAAAGCUUCAAGGCUUGCCACUUGACCUUGACGCUGGAUGAUUAUCUCUUCAUUGCCUUUGUGGGCUUUGUGGUCUCCAUUGCUUCCGUUGCCACCAACUUCCUGCUGGGCAUCACUGCCAACUGCUGCCACCGUUGGAGCAAGGCCAGCGAGGAUGAGGAGAUAUAGUCAACUGGCCUGAUCCUUCCUGCUCCUGCAUCGCUCGCAGCCAAGGAGGGGAGAGGGGGCAAGGGCUGUCAUGUUCAGGGAAAACAAGGAAACUUGUCUUUUCCCCACUCCACUGUUUUCCUGAGCCUUCCUCCUCCCUUGCAGGUAGCAUCAGACUGCCACUCAUCCAUCUAUCUGUUUGGAGACAGGGCCUGUAGGGAUAGGGAGACUGAAGUGUGCCUUGUACAAUUCUCUUUGGGCUGGAAACAGCCAGACAUGGCCUCAAACAUGACAAAAACACAUGCUCAAACCACCCUUCAUCCUUUGCUUUCUCCUCUUUGCUCCUGCUUAAUACAUACCCACAUCCUUUUUUCAUCUGUGCUUUUUGCAUAUCCUUUAAAGUCAUAACUGGAGUAUGUACUCACUCAAAGGUCCACUUGCAAUUCAUAUCCAUCUGACUACUGACCGACAAGAAAAAAUUCAAGACUUUCCUUUGGGGAAGCCUGAAGAAUUCUGCCCUCCAGAUCAUUCCAUCCCAUCAGCACAUCAAUGAAGGUUGUUUGGAGAAGGUUCAUUCUCAAGCAUGGAAGAAUGGCCCUUUGAGCUACUUUCACAAGUUCCAGUGGCCCGUCCCUUGGAUGUAUUUAUACAUUCAGUGCUUGCAGUUUUAUCAACAACUCCCAAAGAAUCUGGAGACAAAAAUGAAGGGCAGAUAGACUAUUUUCCAUCCCAGUUGCUAAUUAUUUUAGUAUAGAUGGUGCUACAAUUUACACAACUGUCUGUUGGUUUUAUGAUUGGCCUCCUGCUAGCCACACAGCUUUUGGUUGGAUUGGCCUGCCAGGGGGGUUCUGGACCUGAUCUCCAAAUGUGUUUUAAUGUGUUGCUCAUAAAAGAAUAGAUGGAAGUAGUGUGAGGCAGCCAAGUUGGUUUCACGAGUAUUGUAGGGUUUUGAUAGGGGUGAACAUUGGGGGCUGAUCAUGUUUUGAGUUGGGUGGAGCUGGACUAGCCUUCAAAGGUAUGAGGAAAUUUUUUUUUUAAAAAUUGCAAAUACUUGUUGGAAAUAGUGUUUGUUGAGGAUUAGACAGUAUAAGACGUUUCUCUUGUAGACAUUGUAGAGAAUCACCCUAUAUAGCAAAUCUUUCACCGUAUUGGCUGCUUUGUUUGUUUUUCAAUAUUUUUCAGACCAUGUCUACACUUCAAAGUCAGUUUUAUACCCACUCAACUGGCUUUCUCUAAGGAAUGAGCAUGCUAAAUGUUCUCCAUUAGAGAAUCUUAGGAAUGAAGAAUUCUAUCAACUUAAUGCAUAGUGUGUAGCAGGUUUAUGUAUAGUGACUUGGUCCAGGGGGGAGAGGGAUUGUUUAGUUUGUCUUACUCAGAUCACUAGCACUAGAUGGUGCUACAAGUCACAAUUCCACAGGACAUGUGGGAGUUUUGAAGGAAGCCACGUUUAGUGUUACUAAGACUGUUUCCCUAGAUCUCAGUGAGCUGAAUUGAAAAAUAAUUUGCAUUGAAGGGAUGAGAGGGUGAUGUUGACAACUCUGUCUCAUUCCUAUGUUCCUUUGCUAACCCAACGCAUUCAGCAUUUUUCUAAACCCACCAUAAGAACAUGUAUUGUCUUUAUUUUCACAACAUGAGAAAGCCAUAAGUAUAGGAAGAAAUUAUUAUGGGAGCUUCAAACAAAUAGAGAGUGCGUUUUCUCAAGCCACAAAGGAAGCCAAAGUCAGGGAUGGGAGUAGAACUAAAUGCUUCAUUACUUCAACUACUGUCUAUACAGUUCACAAACCCAGUUCCUAGAAAUAAGUGUGAAAAUCAGAUGAAUACCACCAAGGACAUUCAUUGACAGCAUAUAAUUUCUGCAUCCAGAUCCACAGUGCUAAUGCUGGACAUGAAGAUUCAGAUGCCAAGCAGGCAUAUGAGACUGUAACUAUAGUGAACAUUAACCCAGUUAAUGUUCCUGCCACAGGAAGCACCUUAUGAAGCCUAUAACUAUCUCAUAGAAAUUUUUGUGUGUGCUGAUUAUAUUUCAACAUUUUUUUAAAAAAAAUUUGCAUAGAUAUACAGUAGGACCAAACAAGAUAUCGAAUGCUGCUAUUGGGGGAGUGGGAGGGGGACUUGGGAGAGAGAAGGGGUAAUAAGGUCCCAUUGUUCUCCAUUAGUCUCACUAAAACCAAGAAGGCAGUGGGUGAGGCUGUCAUUAAAAGGCAAAAUCAUUUUAAAAUGUGCUCAUAUCACCAGUCUUCUUCUUCUUUUACCUACUUGGGUUUUUUCCCCUUGAUCAUUCCAUGGAGAAUUCUAUCAGGUGAGACCCACAAGAUCUGAGAUCUCACAUGAAGAGCCAGCUCUGCCAUUAGUCAGAGUGAAGCAGCUUGCAUCUGGCAGAAGAGCAAAUUGUUAAUUAUUUAGAGGAGUUGUUGUUGCUAUUGCUGUUCAAGAACCAUUUCAGUUUCCAUCCCCAGAUGCCGAAUUGUUCCUGACACGAUGAUCCAUUCAGGAAGCCUAAAAAUAAUGAUGUUC